CGGCCCUCCGCCGCGCUGAGGUGAGGGCCGGGCCGCGCCGGGCCGCGCCGCCGGCGGGGGCUAUCGGGCUGCCGGAGGUGCUAAGGAAUUUUAGUACCCUUUGGACUCCAUUUCUGUCCUAACAUGGAUGUGGUUCAAUCGGCCUCCACAGAAAUCGUGAUCGCUAAGAAAGCCUUCAAGAAAAUACCCAGCGUCCUUCUGGGCAGUCUAGUGGAGGAACCUGAAAAAAGACAUGCUGUCCCCAAUCACCUGCUGGAAUCAAAGAUUUAUUUAGAACUUCAGAGGAGCAAGGUUGUACAGGCUGAGCCUGCUGUGUUACACUAUGGAGGGUACGAAGUUGGAAAACAUCACCAACAGACACUGAAGCUGAUAAAUAUUUCUGGUGAUGUAAUAAACCUUCACAUAAUACCACCCCAGACAAAGUAUUUUCAGAUCAAAUACAACAAAACACACCGGCUUGUUCCUGGCUUGUCAUAUGCAGUUACUGUUGAUUUUUGUCCUGAUGAGUGGCGGUAUUACUAUGACUGCAUCCGAAUUCACUGUCAGGGAGAAGAUACAUUAGUCGUUCCUAUACAUGCUUACCCUGCUGUGAAUGUUGUAGAGUUUCCAUCAUUUAUAAAUCUGUCUGAUGUAUCAGUUGGUAAGAGCAAGGAGUAUGUUAUCCCGUUGCAGUGCAGCUGUCCAAUAGAUUUUGAAUUCCACAUUGAUUUUAUUCAGCCUCACAGAGCCUUCUCUGUCCAGCCAACAUUUGGAAUCAUUCCAGGCAAUGGGAAAGUGGAAGUAACUGUGAAAUAUUCCCCACUUGAGUAUGGAACAGCACAUAUGACAAUGCAGUUACGGAUUUCACAGUUUCACUCAAAACCAUAUGUAUGUGUAUUCACAGGAACAUCAACACCACAUCUGGGUCUGAUAAAAGAACAUUUUGACAAACAACGAAGACUUCCAGAGAAAAAAGCUGUGUCUGCAGGAAAAUCCAUGGUGUGGAGAAGAGACCAAUUCAGCCAACCACGACCAAGGCCUAUUCAAAAAGUAAAGGAAAUUGAAUACCAGAACCUCAGAUUCCCCACAGACUUGUCAAAUCCAUAUGCUGUAGCUACUGUUUUGAAUCAGGAACCAGGCAAACUAAAGAUUAAGGACUUAAAAGAAGCCCUUUGCCAAGGCAGUGACGGGAUAAAAACAAGAGAGAUGAAGGAAGCCAUAUUUCAACUAAAGGUCAAACAAAAUAUUCAGGAAGAGGAAGCAAAUCAUCUGAAGUGGCAAGUUCAUAAAGGCAAAGAUCCUAUCUCUGUGGAAUUUAAAAAAGAGGUUAUUGAAAACCGACAGAGGGAAGAAGAACAAUACAAGAUCCAAAGAGGAGAUCCUAUCACAGAAAGGGAGUUUCAAAGGAACGAAGUAAAAGUUUCUUUCAGACGUGUUAUCCGGCCUGUUGACCAGCAUCCAAGCGUCCAUCCCACGUUCAGCUUGCUCCAUAAUGACCCCUGGGACAACAGAAACAGGAUGUUGAGGAAAUUCCAACAAGCAGCAUACAAGAUUGUGAUUCAGAUUCGGCUAAAUCGUUUACUACUUUUGUUCCGUGGGCUAACCAGAGAAGCCAGAGGACUGACAGAAGGCUCUGUGUCUGACAGCAAGAGUUUCAGCAAACCAGAGAAGAGUGAAGAAUGUAAGGGCUUUUCUUCCAGCAUAUCUGAAGAUCGUAUAUUACCUUUUGAAUUUCCCUUUUACAGUUCCCAUGAAUUUCAACGUGAUUUGGCACCUGAUGCUCUUGGCCUAGUUCCUAUCGAAUCUGUAGAUGUGAAAGUCAGACACGUUCUUCCUUUUUACGACUUGAAGGUUCCUCAGCAUUCCAGCAUUAUGAAGUAUCAGCCAUUUUGUACACACUAUGCAGCCACAAGUUACAAACCUCGAAAACUUUCCCGACCACUGAGGCAGGGCGCCCAGGAUGAGUUGGUUCAAGUAGUUGCUUCUCCUGAGGGGCAGCUUGACCUGGUCUCCCAGAGGAUGGAUUUUCACAAACCAUCCCCAGAAGAAGUAGCAGAAAGGGAUAUCAGCCUCUUAAAACUGGUUCCUCCCCAAGCUUUAGUCUACCCUACAGAGAGCAACCCACUUCGCAUUUUUAACCCCACUCCAGGAUUAGUUCCAGUUUUACCUCCUUUGGCCUAUUCUGAAACAAAUAUCGAAUAUCAUCUUUGUCCUCAUCCAAAAUACACCUUUACCAAGGAAUGCCCCAAAGGAUCCAGUAUUCCAGUCACACAAAAGAAAUUUCUGCAUCACAAGGAAGUGAUUUGUGGAGUAAUGGAAUGGAGAAGAUUCUUGCCAGUGGUGCAUUCCACUUUUUCUAACACUCCUGCAUUGACAAGUACAAUACCUAGGGAUCCUUACAGUUUAGAUAUGCUUCCAAGACAUGUACCACCAAUGCUGUGUGACUUACCUGAGAGAGACAGGGAGAACAUAAUUGACCAUGAGACAGAUGAAACUGAGUUCAAAAUGGUUCUUACUCCAGAGAUGCUGAGAGCUGAAUUUCCACAAAUUGGGCAGGCACUCUCAGAAGACGGCAAAGAGAAAUCAGCAAAAGAAGAAAAUGAUACAAUGUUGGAUGGCGCUUUUCCUGGAGACCUGCACAACCAUCCAGAUGGACAUUUUCAGCCCCAAAACAACGAGCUCAGAGAGAAGGUUCAAAAACAUGUAGAGAAAAUGAAGCUGAAAGCACAUAAUAAAACCCUUAUUCUGGGAUAAGAGUAAUUUUACAAAGUCCAUGGUUUGGCACUGCUUAUCCUGUUAAUGCAUGAGGCCUUCUCUGUUCCAGCUACAUGUACUUACGUUCAGCGAGGUCAGCAGCUUCUUAUGCAAAGAGAACCACCAGUUAUGCCAGCUCUGUCAAGGACUCUCACUGUGACCAUUACUCCAAACACAGUAAUAGCUCCAAGAAGAGUCCUCAACCAUGU